UGGCAGCCAAUCCUGUCGAGACGUCAGUCGUCUGUGGCUGAAGACAACAACUGCUGUUAGCUUUUGUCCAAGGAAAGCCAAACACGGAACCGAGACGGUAACUGUGCGUCUCUAAAGGGAAGGUAAAUAAUACAACCCCAAAUGGGAGCUCCGAUAGUUAUCUCGGUUUAAAUAAAGGACAGCGUUGAUAAAUGUCAACUCUAUCUUCAUCGCUUCUCCCGCCAUCUUCCAGCUUUUCGAACACAUCCCCUCCUUUCUCAGCAUGGCAGCUGUGUUCCCACUCUGGCGGUGUCACUGAACUCCACCUUAGCCCAGCACCAUGGAGAGAAAACGCAGAAAGAAAUUAUUUUAGCUGCUCAGAACGCUUUCAUUAUGGACUCACUUUUGGAGCUGUGGACCAGAUAUGCAGUUUCAUUCCCCUGACCUUGAAACAGGUUUUAACUGCUCAAAACUAAAAACCGCAACAGAGUUUCAUAGGGAUAACACAUAAUCUGUGCAGCUUCACUACGCAAAAUGCUCCUACUGCCAGUGUGGAUUACCAUGCUUGCAGGCUUCCUGCCUGUAGUGGGGAUGGAGCCAAUGACAGAGGGAAAAUCUGACCCUGGUCAAAGCCCUUACUUGGAGUCUCCCAACUCUAACUGCUCUCAUCUCACUCUCAAACUAGAAUUCUCUUCCAAGGUGGUGGAGCAUGAGUACAUUGUGGCAUUCACGGGGUAUUUCUCGGCCAAAGCACGCAGCCUGUACAUAAGCAGUGCCCUACGGAACGCAAGGGAUGGAGCAUUGGAGUGGCACAUUGUCCCCAGGGAGAACCCAGCUUCUGACUUCCCCAGUGACUUUGAUCUGGUCCACAUCCGACAAGCUUCACCCAGCAGUCUGCUGACCUUAGAAGAUCACCCCUACAUCAAGAGAGUCACUCCACAACGCAAAGUCUUCCGUUCGCUUAAAUACAUUCCUUCACCAGAAACGGCUGCAUCUUGUAACACCACUGACAAAAUGCAAAAAUGGCAGUCAUGGCAAUCAUCCCGGCCUUUUCGAAGGACCAGUCUGUCACUGGCCUCGGGUUUUUGGCAUUCAACUGGGCGCCACUCCAGUCGGCGCCUUCUGCGAGCCAUCCCCCGCCAUGUAGCCCAGAUCCUGCAAGCAGAUGUACUCUGGCAGAUGGGACACACUGGUUCUGGCGUGAAGGUGGCGGUGUUUGAUACUGGUCUAAGUGAAAAACACCCACAUUUUAAGAAUGUGAAGGAAAGGACCAACUGGACCAAUGAGAAGACGCUGGAUGAUGGAUUGGGUCAUGGCACUUUUGUAGCUGGGGUGAUAGCAAGUAUGAGAGAGUGCCAGGGCUUUGCUCCUGACUCAGAGCUGCACAUCUUCAGAGUGUUCACAAACAACCAGGUGUCAUACACAUCAUGGUUUCUGGAUGCCUUCAACUAUGCCAUCCUGAAAAAGAUUGACGUUCUCAACCUCAGUAUUGGAGGCCCUGACUUCAUGGAUCACCCAUUUGUUGAUAAGGUGUGGGAGCUCACUGCCAAUAGAGUGAUUAUGGUCUCUGCAAUUGGCAACGACGGACCUCUGUAUGGAACUCUCAACAACCCAGCAGACCAGAUGGAUGUAAUUGGAGUAGGGGGCAUAGACUUUGAAGACAACAUUGCAAGGUUUUCAUCCAGAGGCAUGACUACCUGGGAGCUGCCAGGGGGCUACGGCAGGGUGAAGCCCGAUAUUGUCACCUACGGUUCUGGUGUUCGGGGGUCGGGGAUGAAGGAAGGAUGCCGAUCACUGUCUGGCACCAGUGUCGCCUCUCCUGUGGUCGCUGGAGCUGUUACACUUCUGGCGAGCACUGUGCUGAAUCGAGAGUUGGUGAACCCAGCCUCUAUGAAACAAGCUCUGAUCGCCUCAGCCCGCAGGCUGCCGGGAGUCAACAUGUUCGAGCAGGGUCAUGGGAAACUGGACCUGAUCAGAGCUUACCAGAUCCUCAACAGCUACCAACCUCAGGCCAGUCUUUCUCCCAGCUACAUUGACCUAACUGAGUGUCCAUACAUGUGGCCUUACUGCUCUCAGCCCAUCUACUAUGGAGGAAUGCCCACCAUUGUUAAUGUCACUAUUCUUAAUGGAAUGGGUGUCACAGGCAGAAUUCUGGACAAGCCUAUUUGGCAGCCUUACCUUCCUCAGAAUGGGGAUUAUAUUGAUGUGGCCGUCUCAUACUCAUCUGUGUUGUGGCCAUGGGCUGGCUACCUGGCUGUCUCCAUAUCUGUUGCCAAGAAAGCUGCAUCCUGGGAAGGGAUUGCCCAAGGCCAUAUUAUGGUGACGGUGGCAUCCCCUGCAGAGAAUGACUCGGAGGUGGAAGGGGAACUGACCUCCACAGUGAAACUGCCCAUUAAGGUGAAGAUUGUCCAGACUCCACCACGCAGUAAAAGAGUGUUGUGGGACCAGUACCACAACCUGCGUUACCCACCUGGCUACUUUCCACGUGAUAACCUCCGAAUGAAAAAUGACCCACUUGACUGGAAUGGUGACCACAUUCACACAAAUUUUCGGGACAUGUACCAGCACCUGAGAAGCAUGGGGUACUUUGUUGAAGUGUUGGGCGCUCCUAUCACCUGCUUUGAUGCCAGCCAAUAUGGCACAUUGCUGAUGGUGGACAGCGAGGAGGAAUAUUUCCCUGAAGAGAUCACCAAACUGAGGAGGGACAUUGACAAUGGGCUUUCACUCAUUAUUUUCAGCGACUGGUACAACACGUCUGUCAUGAGGAAGGUCAAAUUCUAUGAUGAAAACACCAGACAAUGGUGGAUGCCAGACACAGGUGGUGCGAAUGUGCCGGCACUGAAUGAUCUGAUUUCGGUGUGGGGGAUGGCUUUCAGUGAUGGGCUGUACGAGGGCGACUUCACUCUGGCAGAUCAUGACAUGUAUUAUGCCUCAGGCUGCAGCAUAGCUCGUUUCCCUGAAGAUGGAAUAGUAAUUGCCAAGAACCUAAAGGACCAAGGUUUAGAGGUGUUAAAGCAGGAGACUACAGUGGUGGAAAAGGUUCCCAUCCUUGGGCUGUACCAAACCCCAUCUGAUGGGGGAGGACGUAUUGUUCUGUACGGUGACUCAAACUGUUUAGAUGACAGCCACCGACAAAAAGAGUGUUUCUGGCUAUUAGACGCUUUACUUCAGUACACAUCCUACAGUAUGACACCUCCCAGCCUUAGUCACUCCCACAGUCGGAUGCAACCACCCACAGGGACUGAGCACCCAAUGCCACAGAGAUUAGAGGGUAAUCAUCUUUAUCGCUAUUCAAAAGUUCUGGAGGCUCAUCUUGGAAACCCAAAGCCCCGCCCCCUACCAGCCUGUCCACAUCUCUCUUGGGCUAAACCGCAGCCACUCAAUGAGACGGCGCCAAGUAACUUAUGGAAGCACCAGAAGCUUCUUUCUGUGGAUCUGGACAAGGUGGCAUUGCCAAAUGUGAGGCCUUACCGUCCCCAGGUCCGACCUCUAUCCCCUGGGGAGAGUGGGGCCUGGGACAUCCCUGGCGGAAUAAUGCCUGGUCGUUACAACCAAGAAGUCGGCCAGACCAUCCCAGUGUUUGCCUUCUUGGGAGCAAUGGUUGUCCUGUCCUUUUUCGUGGUCCAGCUCACAAAGGCCAGGAGCAAACCCAAGCGCAGGAAACCCCGCAUCAAACGGCCCACAUACUUACAGCAGACAACAAGUGGUAAAACCCCCACAGUUUGACCAAUUUGGACAUGUGGUUGAGCAACGGGGUGUGCCUCCAUAUCGUGUACAUUGCUUAAGGAACAAUAACCUUGAACGUGUGGAGUUCAACCAAACUUCAAUGGUGUCUUGAGGAAGAUGUGUUCAACAAUUGGAGUCUCUACUAUAAUUUGUGUGUAACAAAUGUCUUGAAUGUGACAGUUUUUUGUGCCGAAUUUCCUUUCAAGCUCUGUGUGUUGUGGUGUCAUGAACUGUCUUGCAACACACAGCUGAGUUCUGUUCUGGAAAGCCGUUUUAACCUUUUCAGCUCUGCUCAAUAUUAUUUGACCAAAGUGUAAUGUCUUUCUUUUUAUAUUUAUUAAAUUUGUUUAAAUCGUCACGUACGUAGUCAUACCAGCAUACACAAACUGUUCCUAAAAUAAGCAUACACAAAAGAAGCACCUCAUGCAUAGCCUACAUUAAAAUGUUUCUGGGCCUGUUUUUUUGUUGUUGUUUAUUACUUUCUUUUCCUAUUAUUGAACUUUGGAAAAUAUUCUGUUUACAUGUUCUGUUGAUCUCAGCAGUGAGAGAUGUUAAAAUACUUCAAGUGAAAAUAAAAAAGCAUAAUGAAACAUACUCUGUAUUUUACGCCGAAGCAAGCACCGAUUAAUGGUGGUAGUGUUUGCUGUUGUCUUUUAGGACAAU